ACACGGUGUAGAUCAUGUAGCUCAUAUUGAGUUAUAAUAACUGACAGGAGUAAAGAGUAUACUUUAAAAUAAAGUUUAAAUCCGCUAUUAUUUAUUACGGAACAAACAAACGUUGGACUUUAUAGUUAUAACUUAUAUCCAUCUAAAUGUGUUGUUCUGUAAUAGUGGAUCUAAACUUUAUUUUAUUUUUAGAUUAGUUUGAACGAUAUUGUGCAUUUACCUACUACUGAGUACUAGUAGUACUACUAUUAUUAGUGUACGAUUGAUAUGAACAGAUUUCACGUAGUUUGAUGUGAACUGGUUACCUGGUGAAAAGUUUUAAGGAUUACAAGAAAUAAAAGUGUCAUGGCGGAUCUUCAACGUUACCCAAAAUCAUCUGGAACUCUCCUGGCAGGAAGUAUUUUAGGAUUCACUGCAGGAGUCCUACUUCUCAUUUCAUUUGCGAGUCCCUAUUGGCUAGAGUCGUAUCCAGAGACAUUCUCAGAAUUUGUACGUUUAGGACUGUGGGAUGUUUGUUUUCAUAAUUAUCGUCAUCCUUCCUAUCAGUAUGAUGAAAAGUUUGAUGGUUGUUACUGGAUCUUCAGCUACAAGUAUCAAAACAUUAGAGACUGGUUACAGCCAGGAUGGAUGAUCCUCGUACAAGCCUUGAUGACUAUAGCUUUAUUGUUCUCCUUGAAGGCACUUUUUAUCAUAAGCAUGGUGCUUAUGAGGUUUGUUAUGAAACUCGAAGUCUUUAUGCUGGCAGUUUCUGCUCUACUGCAAGGAAUUACAGCACUACUGAUAUUUCUGGCUGUUGCUAUAUUUGGAGGAAUGUGUUUCGACCGAACUUGGAUUCUGUAUCCGAUAUUCAAUCAUCUCUCUUGGGCUUAUGGUUUAGCAGUGAUCGCAUUCUUUUUUCAUGUCUUUGCUGCAGCAUGCUUGUUAUCGGAAACAUUUAAGGCAAAAGAGAGACGGCAACGAGCCAAUAACCUUAUCUACAACAUGCAGCCAAGCAGGAAAAUGGGUAGUGUCAAUCCAUCUGUAAAUCCAGAACCUUCUACUUCUACAGAUCAACGCACUAAGUACUAACCACCAACUGACAAUUGCCAGGGAGUCGUCGUUGGCCAUGAUUCUUCUUCCAAAACAAAAGGAUUCUGAAGUGUGUCAUCAUUUUGGGAUGUUUUUCUGUUUUCUUUGUCUAAGUAACUUACUCAAGAACUAACUACCGAAUCUCAUUUCUUUAACCAAUACUGGAUUUCAGCAUGGAUUGCAUGUGCUAUAUGCUUCUUGGGCUAUCCAACUUAUGUGUACUGGUUUAUGAAAUAUAGCGAAGCAGUUCAGGUACCAGAAGAAAGCCUAGCCACUUUUUUCUGAAAUUUGUUUAUUUUCUGUCGAGAUAUCUUCAUAAAUGAAUGUACUUCUUGGAGGUGUAGACGUCGUGUUGAGAUCACAAGAUAACAAAAAACCGUGGGAAGUAUAUGUUUUACGUUUCAUACACAAUCAUAAGCGUAUGUGUAAGAAAUUACUAUUGUAACUGUCAAGGAUUUUCUUAAAAUUGUCAUCUCGGGUAAUAAACUUAUGUUUUGAAGAAAAAAAAUAAUUUGAAUAAUUAAUGGUGUGCGAGUUAUUUUACCAAAACGUGUAAGCCAUAACAUCAGUUGUAGCCGUUUCUCUUGUGUCAUAAAACCUUUAUGAGUAAUUUUAAAUGCUUGGCAAAAUAUGUUUUAAUCUGUCUCUGUUUGGAAACAGUCAAUUCAGAUUAAGUAAACUUGUUUUUUUGUAAGUACUAUUUUACAAUAAAUAUUUUGUGAAGUGGUUUAAAGAUAUAUUAAUGCCACUGAUAACAACUGGAUCCUAGGCAUUUCAAGCCUAUUGUCAUAACCCGGGAAUGACACCAAUAUUCUGUCUUUAGCAAACAAUGAAGUGAGAAUUGGAACUAGUGGUGUUCAGUAAACCUGAUUUCUUAGUUGGAUAUAGUUUUUCUUGGUGAGAAGAACCACAAGUUCAAAUCCUGCUUGAACUUUUGUUUUUUCAUGAAAAUUCUAUUUAUGAUAGACUUGAAUGUAAUUAUGACAGAAUUCUAAAUUCCUAUUCGCAUGAAUAGGCAAGGGAAAAGUGAAUAAAAAAAUUCCUAAGCCCCCCAGUGGCACAGUGGUAUGUCUGCGGACUUACUACGCUAGAAUCUGGAUUUCGAUACUCGUUGUGGGCAGAGCACAGAUAGCCCAUUGUGUAGCUAUGUGCUUAAUUACAAAAAAACAAAAAUUCCUAAACACCUAGUUAUUAAAUGUUAUUUUUAGACAGAUCUUUCAAAAUUUAAAGAGGGAAUAUUUGACUGUUUUAUUUACUCUUAACCUGAGCAAAUUGGGAGGGUCACUGUUGAAGUUCUGCUCUAAUAUUGAUCAAAUGUAACAGAUAUUAAUAUAACAUUGCCACCUUGAAGUUGAGAUGUGAUAACUAAGUUUAUUUGUUAAAUUGUAUAAGAUAUAAUGGUGCUUUCUUCUUUCCAGUCUAGUUUACCUAGUUAAAGAACAUGAAUAGUUUUAAAAGUCAAACUGUGAUCAUGAUAUUUAAUAAGUAUCAGUAGUGAUGGCCAUAUUGAACAACGAGUGCAUUGUAAGUGCCAGCUGCACUGUGUAAGAUUAGCACAAGAUGCUAUACGAGACAUUUAUCACAAGAGCUAUUUGGGAACAAAACAUGCAACCUACCAUUUAUAAAAUGACCAUUUACCUAUCAAAAAUUGAUUUUAACUGUUAGUUGUACGACAGUUGUGCAAGUAUAAGAACGAAGAAACUUGUGGUUUGAACAGUUAGUUACCCUUUUUUUAAAAAUUGCUAUUCCACGAUCAAUAAGGCAAUCCAACGUGCUAUGUUACCCCAAACAUACAGCCUAAUGUCUGUUACUUUUAUAAAUUUGAUACCUGUUGUUAAGUGAUAUUUAUGGAUAAGUCAAAUAUCUAACUAUUUUUAUAACAUCCUGAGAAUGUGGUAACUUGUUACAUUUCUUGCUUGUUUGGAUCAAGAACAAUCAUUUUAUACUUUAAAAGUCUGAUCACCUUUUUGCUGGAUCUUCAUAAAUACUGACUUAGAUUUCAUAACACUGCCAACAAUUCUGAAUUAUUUUAAAACAUUUCAGUUGUUCUGAAUAUUGAUUUCAAAUUUCUAGAAAGUGUUAUAAACAUCUGUCAGAUAACACUUUGUAGUGUUAUAAACAUCUGUCAGAUAACACUUUGUAGUGUUAUAAACACCUGUCAGAUAACACUUUGUAGUGUUAUGAAUAUAUGUCAGAUAACACUGUAUUAAUAUAAAUGGCUAUUUGAUAACACUUUGUAGUGUUAUAAACACCUGUCAGAUAACACUU